CCGGGCAUUUAGGACAUGCCCCCUCUCAAAAGUGCUGGACGUUUGACCAAAGUCGGUCGCCAACAAAUGGCGUGCAUCUGUCUGUGUACGACUGUUACCAUUCUCCAAACUGCUGUACUGCUGGUUAACUCAUACACCAACGUGGGUCUCAUCCAACUCCAAGCAAAACGCCUGACAGCUCAGGAGCUGAAAACUGACACGACUCAUAAAAUGGAAGCAAUACGAUCAAAUAGCUCAGACGUCACACAUAAAACUGGAGGGAGAUUAUCCAAAUUUAUAUUCGAAUCCCGGAAAUUGGAGUACAUCCACAAUCCACGGCAAAUCUGCGCGAAAGAAGGAUUGGAACUGAUUAUCGUGCGGACAGCGGAAGUCGGUGACCUGUCUUCAAGAACCAACGCACGGACCAUGUACUACGAGACUGUCCGGGAACUCCCGACAACUCUCGUCUUCGUGGUCGGGGUGUCGCUGCACGACCCGGAAGUGCAAACGCUCGUCGACGAAGAAGUGGAUCGAUACGGGGAUAUCCUCCAGCUCGACUUCCCAGAUUCCGACUUAACCACAACCCUAAAGUCGGUAUCGAUACUGAAAUGGGUAUCGGAGUUUUGCUCCCAUGUCAAAUUUGUCCUGAAGAUGAACGUCGGGGAGACAGUCGAGGAUUUUAAUGACCUCAUCGUCGCACUGUACCGCCAGAGCUACAGUCACGAAGAGUUCAUUUUAGGGAAAAUCCGUUACUACGGAGGCAUGUCGCUGGAGAACACGUCUGCGCGCCGUCCCGGGGGUCUCCCAGACAAGUCGCUGGGGCCAACGUACGGGUAUCCUGGAAAAGUUGCGGCGAGGCUGUACCUCAGCGCAUUGAGAAUCCCUUUCUUUUACAUAGAGCACAUCUACAUCACCGGAUGGUGUGCGCGCGACGCGAAUUUGCUUCUGCUUAACGAUAACAACUUCAGUUGA